AUGAUGUGGCUACUUUUGCUUCUCGCCGUUUCCACUACAACGACAUAUGGGACAACACAUGAAAACUUGACCAGACUUUACCAAACGUUGACGUCAAACUAUAAUAAGGAGUUACGUCCCACGUCAGAUCUCUCACAGCCAACAAGAGUGUAUGUCGGCUUUCAGAUUUUGUCUUUGAAAGAAUUCGACGAAAAGACAAGUAAGUUUGCCAUUGUUGGAAUGUUUAUAUUUUCCUGGAUUGAUUUCCGAAUGAAGUGGAAUCCAGAUGAAUUUGGUGGUAUUGAACAAAUAUUUAUCCGCCAGAGUCUUCUUUGGACACCUGACAUGAUAUUAUUAAACCCAUACGAUAAAAUUGAGCCUCCAGGAUACGACAGCCUAAGAAUCACAGUGAAUUAUUAUGGGACUAUGCUUUGGGUACCCCCCGAUGUAUUUGAGGUCACAUGUCCAGCUGAUGUUAAGUUUUAUCCAUUUGAUCGACAAAUGUGUUCCUUAUAUUUCUCUGCGUUCAUGAUGACUGUAUCUGAUGUAUUCCUUGAAUCAAUGCCAACGAACAUGAUUUUAGACUAUUAUUAUCCAAACAGCCUUUGGGACGUAACAAAUGCUAAUAUGUCUGUUGUUACUGAAUUGGAAAGCCAAACAUUUGUGGUAACAAUGUUUUUACAACGUCGACCGAUGUUUCAAAUAAUAAAUACCAUAGUACCUUUUAGCAUUCUUGGACUUUUAAACAUCAUGGUUUUUCUUUUGCCAUUUGAAUCUGGUGAACGAGUUGGAUUUUCUGUCACUGUCUUGCUAGCUGUAGCUGUGUUUAUGACAAUUGUAGCAGACACUCUACCAGUAACAAGCGAGCCUUCUUUUCCUCGACUGUUUUAUAUACUGACAACUGAACUCUGCGUCAAUGCUCUUGUGACAAUUUCUACCAUCUUAGUCCUAAGAUUGCAUUAUAAACCCGAUCACCAGACAGUUCCUCUAUGGCUGAAUUAUGCCAUAUGCAAAUGUAUUUGCUCCCAUCGCAAUCGGAAAAUUGAAAAUGCCACGGAAAUAAACAUGAAGAAAGAUUUGAACAAUCAAGCCAUCAUUUCUAUUGAUAACAUUACGUCAAAGAAUCAUGAUGCAGAGAGGAGUAUUACAAAAAGUGAAAACGACCAUAAAUGGAACAAUAUUACGGUACAAGAUAACCAGAUGACUGAAACAAAAAGAAAACAGUUUUGUGAUAAAACAUCAUGGCGGAGUUUUGCAAAAUUCCUCGAUGUCUUUUUAUUUGUGAUGUUCUUCAUCUGUUUUGGUUCACUCAAGAUAGUCGCCUAUUUUGUAUUUUCUCAAGCUAACAACUCGAUAUCUGAUUCUAUUUGA